GAACACGAAAGGCGGCACAAGCCAAAUCGACGAUGCUGCGAUUGAUCUUCAAAACAGCCUCGUAUUCAAGCGCGUCUCUGACGAGAACAAACAAAAGAUAUCGUUGGGGAGGCUUACGAAAAGCUCUAUGUUUGAUGCCUUCAUUAAUGAGAUAGUCAUUCUUGGGGAAUCCACCGUCCGGGAGGAGCCAGCGGUCGUUAAGCUCCAAGGAAUCACAUGGGACAUCUUGAGGGAUGAUGAACUCUGGCCAGCUCUGGUCUUUGAGAAGGCUGAUCAUGGAGAUCUAGAAGACUUUCUAGUAGGGGAGGAAGGAAGGAAACUUCACACACUCACCCGCGUAAGGAUUUGUCAACAGAUUGCGUACAGUGUGAGCCGAUUACAUCAAAGCGGCGUUGUUCAUGGGGAUAUAAAACCUGCCAAUGUUCUCAUAUGCAAGUCUCAGCUCGGCAAUCCGCAAGCGCAGCCCGAUAGCUCAUUAUGGGUUGCCAAGAUGACAGAUUUUGGAUACUCAGCCAGAUUCCAAUCUGAAGAACAAACUGUCAAACUGGAGGGACGAUCCAAACCAUGGGACGCUCCCGAGCUUACACUGGGUCAGAGAGUUAUCCCCAAAGAUGCACGAAAAACGGAUAUCUUCUCACUGGGAAUGCUCUGCCUUUGGACUUUGUAUGAAAGGUACUUAUCUGGUAUCGACCAGUUACCGGAAGACGUGGCACUAUUCGUGAAAGAGUGUUUGCCGGAGGCGCCUGGAAAGAAUCACAGCAAAAUAUUCCUCGAGAAACUGAAAAGCAAUGGAAAGCUGAUUGCGUUUGCCACACUCCUGCUAGUCCACCAGGAUUCAGCACAUAGAGAAAGGGCGAUGAUGGAGCAAUUUUUCCAGUCGUCGUUACAACGCAACCCAGAUGAUAGACUCUCGGAACUAGAUCCAGCAAAGCUGGAACUUUGCGAGCCGACCGAAGAUGAGAUAUCAAUGGUGGAUGGAACAUUCUGGCCUUUCGGUAUGAAGAAUAAUGGACAUGAUAGUAUCGAUACUUCCAAUUUUCAGUUUCAGAUUGAAAAGUCCGUCGUGGGUCUCUACCGAGCUGAUUACCGUGUAAGGUCCGGUAUUCGUAAAGAGCUCGAGCGCAAGUACACCCGGACAUUAUCCAAGGACGUCGCAUUCCAGCUAGCUUUGUGUUACAUAUUAGGGUUCGGAGGGGAUUACAAUGAGGCAGAAUCCCAAAGGUUUCUCCACGAAAGCGAAAAGAGCCCAAAAGAGCUGCAAUUGGCCCUGAAGGACAUCCAUGCCUGGGAGGAACGUGUAGAUGACCGACCAGGAGACAUUUAUACGCAUCUCACAACCCGAAACCAUAUUCAGGUCAUUGAUCUCCCCAUCAUGUUUCGGGACCUAGGAAAAUUAGAGGACGCGAAGACCGCGACAGUUCAAGAGCUUCAUGACCUUCAGAGAAAUAGCGGUGGGAAUAGUCGAGCUACAGUUCUCCUCACUCACAGUCUUUGCUCUAUCCUAUCGGCAGAAGGCAAAUGGAAACAACUACAGGACCUAAGCUCUGAAGUAAUUCUCGACAUCCAAAACAAACUCAUUCCAGAGGUGCAAGUCCUCCAGUUAGGAUUCACCAUAUUCCUAGUGCUGGCUUACAAGAACCUGGGUCUGUGGGAUGAAGCUGCAGACUUGCAAAGUCAGGUGUUGCGCAUCAAUACCCAGUAUUACGGUGCAGAUCAUCAAACAACUAUAAUCAGCAUGGAUCAACUGGCAUUGAUAUACGCAGAUCAAGAGCACUGGGAUGUAGCAGAGAGACUUCAGCGACAAGCUAUAGGUAUGAUGGAGCAAAAUUUUGGACGAAAGAAUCGACGCACGCUGAAUGCAAUGAAUAAUCUUUCGAUGACGUACCGAGGUCAGGGAAAGUUGAAAGAAGCGGAGUCGCUGGCGAGGGAGGUGUAUAGAAAUCGGAUGGAAUUGCUGGGCUCAGAUCACCCAGAAACUCUGGUCACGAUAGGCAUCAUCGCUUCCAUUCUUGCGGAUCAAGAAAGACUAGUAGAGGCCGAAGCGCUCGAGAGGAUGAUUUUCCAGACCCAGAAGAAGACUCUUGGCCCAGAUCACGUGGACACGCUUAUCACCAUGAGCAAUCUAUCUUCGAGAUGCUUAGAUCUCGGAGACGUGGAAGUGGCUGAGGCUCUCGGGAAAGAAGCUUUAGAGAUCCAAAAACGAGUGCUUGGUGUGGAGCACCCAGACACUCUCGUCACGAUGAACAAUCUCUCCUCAGUUUACUCCGAACAAGGCAACAUAGACCUUGCCGAGUCAUUGCUCCAAGAACUACUGGAGGUCCGCAAGAAGACUCUUGGUCUGCCACAUGUGGAUACGCUGAUGACAAUGAGCAACCUUGCUUCGAUAUAUACAAGUCAACAAAGACUAGAUGAGGCAGAAUCACUCUUUAGGGAGGUCCUAGCCCUGAAGCAGGAGAUUGUGGGGCAGGAGCAUGGUCAGACCUUUCUAGGCAUGGAAAACCUAGGGGUUGUUCUGAUGAUGCAAGGAAAGCCGGAAAAGCUGAAAGAGGCAGAGGAACUUCAGAACAAAGUCCUCACAAGCAAGACCAAAGCAUUUGGGGUAGAAAACCUUUCUACCCUAUUGACCAUGGAGAAUUUGGCAGUGACAUAUUAUACUCAAGGGAGGGCUACGGAUGCGAUAGAGCUGCUAGAGGAAUGUCGACGAUUACGCGAGAAAUUAUUGGGUGCAGAUCAUGCGAAGACCAUUAUAACUUCUCUCAAGUUAAUGGAAUGGCAAGCUGAGAUGAGUAUGGAGAGUAUGAAUGUGGUAGACUAGAUGUAACGCGAGGUUCAAUGAAAAGGAGGGAUGCGAAAAAUUGAAAUAGUGUGACG